CAGGUUACGGUGGUUAACAAUGGCAUUGAGAUCUAUUGCGAGUACCCAAGUAGUCCAGCCAUGGGGUUUGCUAUUGGGGCGACGGUGGCUCUUGUGCUUGCUCGUACAAUCAUCGCAUCAGCCAGCGGUGGAUGUUGUUCAUGUUGCCGGACAAUCCCUGACUUAGCUAAACUUGCUCGAGUCUGUAUUGUGAUAUCAUGGAUUACAUCUUCUGUAGCUGUUAUCCUAUUUAUUGCUGGUGCGAAACUCAGCACUCAAAAAGAAGUGGCCAUGGACGUCAAUGGUGUGUUCUAUUGUGGAACGAUAAGGCCUGGGAUCUUCUCAGGAGCUGGUAUCAUGGGUCUCGUGGGUGUGCUUCUCUCUAUAGUGUAUUACCUCUUUUAUGUGUCGGCUUUAAGCGGCUCAGUCAAAACAUCAACGGUAGAACUAGAGGCGCCACCAAUUACUGACGUCAAAAAACCGCCGGUGGUAUCCCGAAAGCAUUGAGAAACCAAUAAAGAUGCCUCAAUCCUUCCUAUAUCCCCUUGCCUCUUGUUUUGUUUUCGUUUAGAGAAGGUAAUAAGAAAUGGAAAAUGUCAUGCUACAAAGUAUUUAGUGACCCUGUUGUAGUGACAAGCUCUUUCGGUUAUAAAUUAUAUAUUGUAUUUAUAUAUAUAAACAUGUAAUAACUUUUAUGAGUAAAAAAAAUAUUUUAGA